UCACACUGCGCACUUCCGGUUUGAACAUGUGGAAUGGGGAUGGCAGGUUGAACUAGUCACGCAUUACAAAAAACAUUUGGGGGAAAAAAAUUAGCUUACUAAUUUUCAGAAGAUUUCUACGUGUUUGCCACCAUGGGCAAAUUAAACGUUGUUAUCUUGAGGUAUCUGUCCAGGGAGGAUUUUAGAGUCCUCACAGCGGUGGAAAUGGGCAUGAAGAACCACGAGAUCGUUCCAGUAAGUCUGGUCGCGUCUAUUGCCAGCCUCAAACAUGGAGGGUGUAACAAGGUUUUGCGGGAGCUGGUCAAACACAAACUACUGGCCUACGAACGCAGCAAAACUGUGCAGGGCUAUCGGUUGAAUUACGGCGGCUAUGAUUACCUGGCACUGAAGACAUUUUCAUCCAGAGAUAUUAUUUUGUCAGUAGGAAACCAGAUGGGAGUCGGCAAAGAGUCAGAUAUUUACAUUGUCGCAAAUGCUGAGGGGGAGCAGUUUGCUCUGAAACUUCACAGACUGGGUCGGACAUCCUUCAGGAACUUAAAGAACAAGAGAGAUUACCACAAGCACAGACACAAGAUGUCGUGGCUGUACCUGUCCCGGCUUUCCGCCAUGAAAGAGUUUGCAUACAUGAAGGCAUUAUAUGAUCGAGGGUUUCCUGUUCCAAAGCCAGUAGACUACAACAGACAUGCAGUAGUUAUGGAGCUUAUUAAUGGUUACCCACUGUGUCAGGUUCGAGAAAUUCAAGACCCUGCUGCAUUGUACAGUGAAAUCAUGGAGCUAAUAGUCAAACUUGCCAACCAUGGGCUUAUCCAUGGUGACUUCAAUGAAUUUAACCUCAUGCUUGAUGACAACGACCACGUCACAAUGAUCGACUUCCCUCAGAUGGUCUCCACCUCACACACAAAUGCAGAAUGGUACUUUGAUCGAGAUGUUAAGUGUGUUCGAGAUUUCUUCUUGAAAAGAUACAACUAUGAAAGCGAACUCUAUCCAACAUUCAAAGAUAUCAGAAGAGCCCACUCGCUCGAUGUGGAGAUCUCAGCUAGUGGCUACACCAAGGAGCUGCAGCAGGAUGACCGUUUGCUCCACCCUGAAGGUCCAGAGGGUGAAGAACUCAGUGGAGAUGAAGAUGACAUCUCGGAGUCGGUUGACGAUACGCAUCAGGCUGCCUCAGAAGACGUUAUCAGCAUAGAGGAGUAUAAACAAGCCAUGCUUGAACUGGAAGGGCUAAAUAUUAGUAAAGAUACUCCAACAGAAGAGAACAAAACAGAGGAACCUAAAGGAGCUCAAGGUGAAGAGGAGCUUCCCUCAGAGGACAUUCAAAAAGAAACUGUUUGCAACAUUACCACAGAUUUGGAGAGGGAAGAGGAGAAUGAGGUGGAGGAUGAGUGUCCUGAUUUGGUUGACCUUUCUUCAGCCAACAAAGAGUUUAGGCCAUUCAGAGACCAAGUGAGCCUUGAGAAUGAGCACAGGAGGAGAACAACCAGUGAAAUGAGCAUUGGAAGUGUUGGCAGUUGUUCUACUAUACCACCAGAGGUCAUCAGGCAGAAAGUGAAGAGACAGCUCACGAAACAGCAGAAGGCUGCUCAGAGAAGACGUUUACAGAAGGGUGAAGCCAACCUGGUGACCAAGGAGAGGAGAGAAAAUCAGAACAACAUCAAGAGCAGUUUGGAGGGGGCUUACUUCUGGGGCUGAGGGUGGUCCUGAAAUCUGUUGAGGACUUCUAACAUUUUUCAGAGUUGCUUCUUUAUCUAUGGAAGUACUAAUAAAAAACUUAAUCCC